AUGUCGUUACCUGUAGAGCUUAUCCGGAAGUUGGCCGAUCAGCACCCCAAGCCCGCCAGCCUACGCUUCCAGUAUGGCACAGCGGGAUUCAGAACGCUGGGGACCGUUCUCGAUUCUGUGAUGUUCAGAGUGGGGAUACUUGCCGCACUCAGAAGCAAACGUUUAGACGGCAAGACUAUUGGAGUCAUGGUUACUGCUUCCCACAAUCCUGAAGCAGACAAUGGUGUGAAGCUUGUAGAUCCACGAGGCGAGAUGUUAGAGGCCGCCUGGGAGGGCCAUGCCACUAUCCUAGCAAAUGCGCCCAGCUCGGAUUCAUUCAUUGAUGCAUUGCAGAUUCUGGUGAAGAACCUCAAGAUAGAUCUGUCGAAACCCGCUAGGAUCAUAUAUGCGCGAGACACCAGGCCUUCGGGCGGCGCACUUGUGUCUGCAUUGGAAGACGGUAUCAAGGCAAUAGGUGCUGAAGGUCGAAAUGCGGGUGUCACUACGACCCCUAUCCUUCACUACCUCGUGCGUGCCAUCAAUACCAAAGGUACGAAAGAUGAAUACGGAGAAGACUCUGAAGAGGGCUACAUGAAGAAGCUCAGUACUGCAUUCAAGAAGCUCGUUGCUGGCAAACCUAGCUCGCCUCCUUUGAUAGUGGAUUGUGCAAACGGUGUUGGUGCUCAGGCUAUAGCCGAAAUAAUCCAGUACCUGGGAGAUACCCUACAACUUAUUCCCCACAACACGGAUACCACGACCCCUGGCGUGUUGAAUCAUGCGUCCGGCGCGGAUUUCGUUAAAACUACCCAGAAACUGCCACCUUCACUUGCCUCUGUCCUGAAGCCAGGCCAGAGAGGAUGCAGCUUCGAUGGCGACGCUGAUCGUCUGAUGUACUACUACUUGGACGACCGCGGUCAAUUCCAUAUGCUUGAUGGCGACAAGAUUGCUGCUUUAGUUGCUGCAUUCAUUGUUGAGCUUGUCAAAGCGGCGGGUUUGGAAGAGAUAGUAAGAGUAGGUAUUGUGCAGACUGCCUAUGCCAAUGGUGGCUCCACAAAGUAUCUCGCUUCUCGCCUUCCCGUCAGGUGCGUACCUACUGGUGUGAAGCAUUUGCACCAUGCUGCGGAGAAGUACGAUGUUGGAGUGUACUUCGAGGCCAAUGGACACGGGACUGUCCUGUUCUCCCCCGAAACCGACGAGAUAUUCCGAACACACCAGCCAUCUACCCCGGCUCAGUCUACGGCUUUGAACCACCUCCUCAAUCUUACGCAGUUAAUAAACCAAACUGUCGGCGACGCGUUGUCUGAUAUGCUGCUCGUUGAGGUUGUACUGGCACACAAGUCCUACAGCGGCGCGGAAUGGGACUCGCUUUACGUCGAUCUGCCCAACCGCCUUGUCAAGGUGGUCGUCGUCGAUCGAAAUAUCUUCAGGACGGAAGAUGCGGAGCGUCGCCUCGUCAGCCCUCCGGGAUUACAAGCAAAGAUUGACGAACUUGUCCGAAGAUACGAAGCUGGACGCGCUUUCGUCCGUCCUAGUGGAACUGAGGAUGUAGUGAGAGUCUACGCUGAGGCGAUGCUCAGACCCCAGGCGGACGAACUCGCCUAUCGUGUUGCAGGGCUGGUCUACGACGAGGUUGGUGGUGACCCUGCGAAACGACCUGUAGAAUUCUUGUAAAGGGGGAGACGAAGAAGAAUACCAAGCGACAUGUAUACCACGAACACUAUGUCUAUUGUACGAUGAGGGGAUCGAAGUGAAUAUUGAAGUGGAUGUUUCGAUGUUUGGAAACCUGUUGAAAUGGCCGGAGUGGUCUAGACUCCGGAAACGUCCUCGGCUUGUUGUCGGCAAAACCCGGGGAAAAAUCACCGGAGUUGGCGCAAUGGUUGCUGCAUGCCGCGAGUGGGCGAACGGGUGUUUCGAGUUGGCAAUUGCAUUCUUGUACACCAUACAGCGGUGACUCGACUGUUAUGUCUCUUUCCGAGC